CUUGGGACCAGAGUUGCACGGUCAUCUCCUUCCCACAAUUUGUCUUCUAAUAUAGAAGUAUUUGUGUUCCUAAACAGAUUCAGCAGUGGGAGCAGAAUCUGGAAAAAUUUAACAUGGACCUUUUCAAAAUGCGCUGUUACUUAGCCAGUUUGCAAGGCGGAGAACUUCCAAAUCCAAAGAGUCUUCUGGCUGCUGCCAGUCGUCCUUCGAAAAUGGCCCUUGGAAGACUUGGCCUGUUCUCAGUCUCAUCAUUUCAUGCCCUGAUCUGUUCCAGGGAUGAGGCAGCUCUCAGAAAGAGAACGUGGUCUCUGUCACAGAGACUGUGGAGCAAAAAGGGUUUGUUCUCCUCCCUGAAGGGACUGGAUACCCUUGCAAGAAAGGCAAAGGAGAAGAGGCCUUCUAUAACCCAGAUUUUUGACUCAACUGGAGGACAUGGAAUUCCUGGAACACAGCUACCUCAUAAUUACAGUAAUUCUGCUGAGCAGAAAGUAGAUGAAUUUCUAAACAUUUACUACUCAGCUCCAGAAAAUGCUUCAAAAGAAAGUAUCUGGGAUAUCCAGACAUUGGUUCGGUAUCCUGAUGGGGAAGGAGUAAUGUUAACCCUAAAGCCAAAUCACAAAAUAAAUGAUGUGUUGAUCCUGGCUUGCAAGAUUAAGCAAAUGGAGCCAAGACAUUAUGGUUUACAACUUAGAAGGUUUAUUGGUGAAAACACUGAACACUGUAUCCCCGAAAUGUAUGAAUAUAUUCAAGACCAGAUAUAUGAUGAAAUAGAAAUCUUUCCUUUGAACACCUACCAUGCACAUCUUACUAAGAAAGAGGGUGUAGUUGAUUUUGGAUUUGCAGUCACCGUCCAAGUUGAUGAACAUCAGCAUCUUACCCAUAUAUUUAUAAGUGAUGUUCUUCCUGAUGGGAUAGCUUACAGAGAAGGAUUGUGUGUUGGCAAUGAAAUUUUGAUUAUAAAUGGAGAAUCUGUAUCUGAGCUUGACCUCAGGCAGAUGGAAUUGCUGUUCUCGGAGAAAAGUGUGCAUCUGACAUUGACCACAAAUCUCAAAGGCCCUAAGACAGCAUUAUGCUCUUCUUUGCAAGAUGGCAUCAUUUCCAAGGAGGCAAGAAAGUUCUUGCCCCUGCAAAACCAAUCACAACUCUUGGAGGAAUUUCUGGAUAACUUCAGAAUGAAUACAGCAAAUGAAACAUUUUGUUUCCCAUAUAAUAGUAGAACAAGUAAUGUAACUGAUUUUUGGGAUGGAAGUACAGCAUCCAAAUUGCAAGAGAGCACUAGAGAUAUCACAACAUUGUGUCCACAUUUCCAUGAAACUCAGGUGAAUGGGAUGGAAGGAAUAAAAGAUAUUUCCCUUCAAAAGCCAUUGGCAAAACAACUUACUGAUGCAGACAGACUCCGGAAGGUCAUUCAAGAACUUGUAGACACAGAGAAAUCUUACGUAAAGGAUCUGAGCUGCCUCUUUCAAUUAUACUUGGAACCUCUUCAGAAUGAAACUUUCCUUACUCAAGACGAGAUGGAGUCUUUAUUUGGCAGCUUGCCAGAGAUGCUGGAUUUCCAAAAGGUAUUUUUAGAGACCCUUGAAGAUGGAAUUUCUUCCUGCUGUGAUUUCAGCACACUUGAAACCCCUUCUCAGUUUCGGAAACUGCUCUUCUCUUUGGGAGGCUCUUUCCUCUAUUAUGCUGAUCACUUCAAAUUAUAUAGUGGGUUCUGUGCAAAUCACAUCAAAGUCCAGAAAGUUCUGGAAAGAGCCAAAACUGACAACACCUUCAAGGCUUUUCUGGAUGCACGCAACCCCACGAAACAGCAUUCUUCCACCUUGGAGUCUUUUCUUAUCAAACCUGUCCAGAGAGUGCUGAAAUACCCUUUGCUUUUGAAAGAACUGGUGUCUCUGACUGAUGUAGAAAGCGAGGAGCAUUACCAUCUCACAGAAGCGUUGAAGGCAAUGGAAAAGGUGGCCAGCCACAUCAAUGAAAUGCAAAAGAUUUACGAGGAUUAUGGUGCAGUGUUUGACCAACUAGUUGCAGACCAGACUGGAACUGAGAAAGAGGUCACAGAACUUUCCAUGGGAGAACUUCUUUUGCACUCUACUGUUUCAUGGCUGAACCCAUUCACAUUGUUGGGCAAAACAAGAAAAGAGUUGGAGCUUACAGUUUUUGUUUUCAAACGGGCGGUCAUCUUAGUGUAUAAAGAGAACUGCAAAUUGAAAAAGAAAUUGGUAGGUAAUGUCCGUAAUAAUCAGAAUGAACUGGAUUUGUUUAAAUUUCGUUGGCUGAUUCCUUUAUCUGCUCUUCAGGUUCGACUGGGUAAUACAGCAGGAACAGAAAACAGCAGUAUUUGGGAACUGAUUCAUACAAAGUCGGAAUUAGAAGGAAGACCUGAAACAACCUUUCAGUUGUGCAGCAGUGACUGUGAAAGCAAGACCAACAUAGUCAAAGUGAUUCGUUCAAUUCUAAGAGAAAACUUCAGGCGUCAAAUAAAAUGUGACUUGCCCUUUGAGAAAGCAUAUAAAAAUCGCCUCAUACUGCAUAAGAAUCGAAUCCCUGUUUCAGCAAAAUUGGCUUCUUCCAGAUCACUGAAAUUACUGAAGAAUUCUCCCAGUAAUGAAUGGAACAGCAGUGCAAAAAAAGGAAAUGAACCGGAUUCUGAUGAGUGCAGUUUGAGCAGUAGUACACCAAGUAGCAGCUGCCAAACUACUGACAGUAUCCUAGAAUCUAAAAACUCCUCUCCCAUGAAGAGUUUGCAGAGCUGUGCAUCCGAUUUUUCAAAUAGUCCUGUAAAGGAAUCGGAUAUUCUAAGUGAUGAGGAAGAUAAUUUCCAGCAACUUUUGAAAAAAAGCAAUCAAACGAAAGACAUAGAAAUCCAGUUCCAGCGGCUGCAGAUUUCUGAGAUUCAGAACAGUGACGUGGAGACGGAAUAUCCUUCUGAGAUAGAGAACAGAGGUGAGCAGAGGGCAGAAGAACAGCCUAAACUAGUUCGCGCUCACUUUUGCCCUAUAAAACGAAAAGUGAACAGCACAAGACGUGACAAAGGAACAUUGCGGGCAAUGCAAGAACAGCAUCUGUCACUUGACAAUCAGCCUGAUUCUCCGGGUUUUGACCUGAAUUCAAUUUUAGAACGGGAAUUUAGUGUGCAAAGUUUGACAUCAGUGGUUAAUGAGGAUUGCUUUUAUGAAUCAGAAGACAGACAUGGAAAGUCCUAGCUAUUUUGAUUUGCAUCUUGA